AUGGGUCCCGACAUAAAGCCUGAAGAGGGGCAGAUUGUGAGGGUCUGCUCUAAGGCCAAUCUUGAUUAUGCUCUGGGUAUCAGAGAUGGCAGGGAAAUGUUGGUUUACUAUAAUCCCAGUGAACCAACUCAGCAAUGGGUGAAAGAUGAGUCAUGGAGAAACCAUGUGAGGGACACAGUGGGUCAUCCGGCCUUUGGGUUUGUGAACAAGGCCACUAGGCAGGCCCUUCGUCAUGCCCCUGCUGCAUGUCAGGAGGUGUUGCUGACCAAGUACGAGCCUGGUUCCUAUAAUGAGAGUAUUCUGUGGAGUGAGAGUGAGGACAUGGGAUAUGGUUACAGGACCAUAAGGAUGGCAAAUGACAUUGGCCUUAACUUGCAUGCAUUCUAGGGUGAUAGGAAGCAUGGAGGCAUUGAAGAGGGCACUAGAGUUGUGUUGUGGAAGUAGAACAAACAAGACAACCAACUCUUGAAGAUUUCCCCCUGUUAUUAGAAAGAUCAUAAUGAUAUAUACAGUAUAGAGACAUCUAUUUGCUAUAAGUAUGUUAUGCAUAUUCUUAGUCUGUAACUUCUUAAGCGUGGAAAUCAGGAGUAUAUGCUAUUUCCAUGGGUCUACCUGAUCAUAUAAAUAAAGAAGUUCUAUAGUUUAUAGUA